UGUUAUGAAAGAGUAGUUGUGGGUGAUAGAGAUUUAUCCUAUAAUAGUUGUAGUGCUGCUAGCAUAUACCUAUUGCAUUAACAAAUGAUUGUAUUAAAGGUAGUGAUAUAUACAAGGCUUGAGAUUGUGGAUUAGAUUCAUUCUACGAUAAUGAUGAAUGGUUACUGGUUUUGAUGGAUACAAUGAGUUCUGUAACUGCAUUAAAACGAAAAGAAAAUCAUAAUGGUGAAAACUAGCGAUAUGUUUAACAGUACUUUGUUAAACUUAUUCGCUUAUAGUUGUAAUUGAAAUUGUUUUGAAGAUUUGUGUAACGAAAGGGUAAAAACAUUUCACAAUGCCAUAACCACAAAAAAGAUAUAAACUAUUAAUAUUGAAAUGCUAAUUGAUAAUACUGCAGAUAUGGAAGUCUCAAAUGUGGGAUUAAAAGAGGAUUAUUAUUACUAUUCAGAAAACACAACAUAUUACUUCAAUGAAACUUUUAAUGGUGAUUGGCAAGACUCUCUAUGGAAACAUGUCAUAGAAGAUUUUAAACAAACGCAGUUUACGUUAAAUGAACCAACGACAAUUGUCCUUAUGGUGUUAUAUGUGCCUAUAUUCUUAACCUCUUUGAUAGGAAAUGUUCUCGUUUUGUUGGUGAUUGUUCCUAACCAAAGGAUGUGGACAGUGACCAACAACUUUCUUGUAAAUCUAGCCGUCGCUGAUCUUUUAGUAACAGUACUGUGUAUGCCUAUGACGUUAGCGAGAAGAGUGUACAAGCUGUGGAUUUAUGGAGAUGUUUUGUGCAAAAUGACACCAUACUUACAAGGUGUAGCAGUAACUUCCAGCACAUUUACAAUUACGGCGAUGAGUCUGGACAGAUGCUUAGCUAUAUUACAUCCUGUUAAAUUCCGUAACCUUCGGACUAAACGCAAUGUUCGGACAUUAAUAGCAAUUAUCUGGUUAACCUCUAUACUACUUAUGAUACCACUGUUAAUAGUGAACAAGACAAAAUCACAGGAAAUAUUUACCAAUUUUAUAGUAACAACAUGUGCUGAAGAUUGGCAGGAUGUUGUUCAACGCAGAGCAUAUGAUUUCAGUUUAUUAUUCAUCAUUUGUUUAAUUCCGGCUCAAAUAGUAUUCGUUUCGUACAUGCUAAUGGGAAAGCGCCUUUGGGUUACCGACUCGAGAUUAGAUGCUAAUAGUGAAAGUCGAAAGGGAAAGGGCAAUAGCAGAUUUUCUGACAAAGGAUCUUUCAAUCAAAUAAGAGCAUGUCGAAGACGGACGGCAAAAAUGUGUAUUGUUGUAUCAAUUAUAUUCGUUGUUUGUUGGUUACCUUAUUUUACCGCCAACAUAUAUCUUGAUUUCAAGAAGGAUCAUGAUGCUCUUGACGUUGUUUAUUGGGGAAGCCUCCUGAUAGGACAUUUACACUGUGUUACAAAUCCAAUUCUUUACUGCUUCAUGCAUAAAACAUUCAGAUACUGUGUUAAAAGAAUGAUGCCUUGCUGGAAGAACGCGUUGAUAAGAACUCCCUCCGGAUAUGGAACAAAUGGUUACCAGGGAAGCAGAAUGAGUUAUCGUAUGACAAAUAGAAGGUCAACGAGGAACCAAAGUUAUGGAUCUAAUUGCGACAAUAAAAAGCAUACCAGCUUAAAACCAACUUCGAGCAACGGCUCAAAUACAUCAGCAGUAAACAAUGAAAAUGGUGACGAAAAUGGUCACAUUGUCGUUGAUUAUUCAGACAAAGGAAAUAAUUUCAACUCAAAGAAAGUUAGACUUAUUUUUAAACGGCUUCGCCGGAAAAACCUAUGCAAUGAGUGUAACAAUGAUAAUUAUAAAAAUAACAGGAUAGAGGUUCCUGAUCCUAUUUCUGAGGAGACCAAAAGUCAUUAUGCAUCAUCCACUAUUGAAAAUGAAUAAAUAAUAAAAUCAGUAAA